AUUAUUCGCCAUAUUGAACUUGGAACAAUGAAUACCAAAAGGAAAAUAAUAGUUUUAGACCCUGUUCUUGAGGUGCAAGAAGAUGAAAAACAGCCAACUUCUUCGACUAGUUCAAAGUCGGAUUCCGGGUCCGGCUCUCCGGCUAGUAUGACCAGCCCUUACGAAAAUAAAGCAACUCCAACCAGGCCGCCUACACUUUCAACGUCAAAAAAACGUAAAUUAUCCAAUAAUUUGAAGAGCAGCUUAAAGCGUCUGAGAGAAACGGUUGGAAAGUAUCCAAAACGUAUAACUUGGGAAGAAGAGCCAAAAAGUCACUUUUCGCAGUCGGCUAGAAAAAACGUUACGUUUGACCCUUAUCUGGACGAACCUGUAGUAGAACGAAAAUCAAAAGGAGAUUCUAAUACUGAUAAGAAGAAGACUAUAAGUCUCAACAUUAUGCAGAAUCUGGAGCCGAGCAAACACGAAAGAUACAUUGAUUAUUUGGAUGAAGAUGAGUCUUGGCCGUUCUAGGUAACUGUCUAUGUUUGAUUAUGUUAUUAUUAAAGUCUAUAGUUUAUUAGUUGUCUAUCUUAUUGAAUUUAAAUUCUCAUUUAUUCCUUUAUCAUUUAUUUUUAUAUCUAAGUUUUGUUAUUUUUUGAAUGUUUUAUAUUAUUUCAAUUAUGAUUGUAAAAGUGUAUAUUAUAUAUACAUGUGCUAUAUUUUAUUAUCAUAUUAAUAUUCAAUAGUAUAAUCGUGAUAGGAUCCUGUUUUUUUAUAAAAAUAAAUUUAUUUAUCCUUUAUCAAAAUAGGUGUAAAUUGCGGGCUCUUUCAAGGAUGUUGAUUUUUUUUUUACACCAAAGGCUGAUCCGUGUCUUCUUUAUCUUAUAUUUUUAGAAGUUCUAUUCCAUCUUAUGAUUUUUAGUUCUUUUUUAGCUAUAUUCUUAAAAGAACUUACGCCAAUCAACCGGCUAGUCUAGAUACUUUAAACUACUCUCUAUCUAACAGGUUGAUAUGCUUUUCUAUUAGUUUAUCUUUGUUUGUUCCAAAAACAUUUUUCUUUUUACUUCAUCAUCUGAUUUACUUCAAGGUCUGUAACAUCAUUUUCUCUCCUUGAAUAAGUUCUUAUAGUUUUCAUUAAGAAUGGCAUGCUAGAUUUUAGGAACGUUUAUCCUAACAUCAUAUUAUCGUCCUUAAAAUUAAUUCCAUAAACGAAUGUUUCGCUUCGAAUAUUAAAUGGUUUUUAAACAAGAAAUCCACUUACGUUGAAUACAUUUCGCUUAAAUUCUUAAAGAGGAUAACAAAUAGCUCAGGUAUUAAAGACCCAUAAGAUUAUUG